AUGAAGCUCCUGUCGCUGCUGCUGCUGCUCACCUGGGCACCUGCCUGGCCUGCCAAGCCCACCUGGGGCUCCGAAGACACCCGGAACCAGGCGCUGAAGCAGCUGCUGGAGGUCUUUGGCAUCGAGGAGCCCCCCCAGGGUCCCCUCUACUUCAAGGAGCCCCCCCCAGUCAGCAUUUACCAGGUGCUGGACAAGGACCACCCAGAAGACCCCGAGGGGAAGAGGCUGCUCUCCACCCGGCUGAUGGCCCUGCAGGGCUUCGGCUGGGAGAUUUUUCCCAUCACCCACGCGGUCCAUGAAUGGGUGGCCGAAGAGAGCCGCAACCAGGGCCUGCUGGUGACGGUGCAGGGCCUCGGAGGGGCCCCCCUGGACCCCGACACCGUGCAGUUCGCCUCGGGCAGGGACCACCACCCCAGCAAGAAGCCCAUGCUGGUCUUGUUUACGGAUGACAGGCAGCGGGAGGCGGCCUUGCCCAGCGCCUUCCCCGACUCUUUGCCCUCCCCCCUUUCCGCAGGUCUGACUUCUCUCCCGGAGCCCCCCUCCAACCACAGCCGCGGCCCCCGCUCGGCCGAGAUCUCCCUGCCCUGCCAGCGCUACCCGCUCCCGGUGGACUUCGACGAGAUCGGCUGGACGGGCUGGGUCAUCUCGCCGCACGGCUACAACGCCUACCACUGCAAGGGCGCCUGCCACUUCCCGCUGGGCCAGUCCAUGCGGCCCACCAACCACGCCACCGUCCAGUCCAUCAUCCACGCCCUGAAGAUCAGCCCGGAGGUCCACGUCCCCUGCUGCGUCCCGGACAAGCUCUUCUCCAUCAACCUGCUCUACUUCGACGACACUGAGACGGUGGUCUUGAAACAGUACAACGGCAUGGUGGCCGGCAGCUGCGGGUGCCACUGA